AUGUCUCGUAGCGAUACUUGCCUCGAGAUUUUUCGGUUGAACGCGCUCGUCGCCGAAACGCCCUUUCGUCGCUCAGCGCAUCACCUUCACAUUCGCGAGGAAUUGCCCUCGCGGCGGCCUUAUUCCGUCUCCCCCUCCCCCCCCCCCCCGCCCAUCACCCACCUCUUCGCAUUCGCGCCUGCCUCGAAACAUUCUCUCGUCUCCCACCCCGUUUUACCCAUUUCGUCCCAUCGCUUACGCGCUCUCCCAUCCUGUCCUGUCGCCCUCUCUCUCUCCGCGCCCUUCUCGUCGCCCUCUCUCUCGCCCCUCUCAUCUUGUCGCGCUCUCUCUAUCCGCGCCCUUCCCGUCGCCUCCCUUCCCAUUGCGCUCUCUCUCUCCCCUCCCUUCCCAUCGCGCUCUCUCUCUCUCCGCUCCCUUCCCGUCUCCCUCUCUCUCGCCCCUCCCUUCCCGUCGUGCUCUCUCUCUCCACGCCCUUCCCGUCGCCCUCUCUCCCAUUGCCCUCUCUCCCAUUGCCCUCGCUCUCUUCUUCGCUCUGUCCCGUCGCCCUCUCUCCCAUCGCCCUCGCUCUCUUCUUCGCUCUGUCCCGUCGCCCUCUCUCCCGUCGCGCCCUUUCUCUCACGUCACCCUCGCUCUCUCACGUUGCCCUCGCUCUCUCAUGUCGCCCUCGCUCUCUCACUCUCUUACAUUGCUUAG